CAGUGGUUUAGUCAUGCCAUAGCGUUGCUGGUCUCUGAGGAGACAGGUCAUUGCAAUGUGGCUGAAACCUAGGUGAUAAAAACAUCAGACAAAAUGGAUUUGGACUUCACCUUUGACUUUGACCUGAAUGUUGAUCUGGAUGAUCUGAUAAACCAUAAAGAUUUUCAAAAUUUUGAUCCUGCUAUCUUGGAUUCUGAUCUGUUACUGAACACAGAUAUAGAUAAAAUAGGGAUAGAAGGUAUACAGGCCCAGGAUGUGAACAGUUUGCUUGAACAGUUUGAAGAAGCAUCACUAUUUGAUGGGUUUCAUUCUUCCACUGGGGUUAUAAAUGCUUCAUCAAAGAGUCUGCCAGUUUCUAGAGUGUGCAGCGCUACUAAUAGCCCUUGCAAUACACCUCCUCCAACACCUCCUCCUAGUGUUCUGGAUAAAAUCCGCAACCGUCAGGAGCAGAUGAAAAGUCGAACAUCAACCAUCAUGCUUCCAAUGGGUGCUCCAUCCAAAAGAGGUCGGGGACGAGGCUCCACUUUCGCACAAACUCCAUUAAAUUCUCCUUCAUCAAGACUGCAGCGAAUUCUUUCACGUGCUGAAUCUGUUCCUGCUUUAUCUGUAUCUCAUGUAAACAUCCAGCCAAAAUCAGAUCAGUCUGCAGCAAUACCUGUUGCACAAGGAGAAAUGCCAGCAGCUUUGAGAGUACGCUGCUCACCGAAAAGAUCACAGGUUCCUCAACCAUUGGUGUUGCAUGCAUCAUCAUGUGGAGAAAAUAAUGUCCCUUCAUCAUGCAACAAGGUAAACACCAUAGUUGUUGCUAGCAAAAACCAACCUGCAGACCGAAGCCGCUCUAAACUGUACAGUCAAAAAAGAAUCACCACAGUUAUGAUCAGGGCUGAAGGCAUUCCUGCAGAAGUGCUGAACUCUGUCAUGGACCAUGACUACUGUGCUAAUUCACCACGCCGUGUCAUUGUGGAUGAAUUUGAACUUGCAACCAGUCCAACCAAGCUGAAAUGUGGAAACCUCAAAUCUUUACACAAAGUGCAGUCUUUGCCAGCAUUGAAGCUUGAAGAAAAUACACAAAAUUUGUUGAUAUCUGUGCAGCAUCAACAGGUUGGUCAGAGUGUUGCAGGCAAUCAAAGUACAUUGAUACACACAGAUGCAAGUAGAGAAUGUCAGAAAGUGGCAGUUGUGCAAGAUCAGCCUAGUCAUGUCAACAUGGUGCCUUCACAUUCUGCAAGUCACAGUUCUGAAGGUAAAGAACCUUACAAGAAUUCUGCCGAGGCACUCUUGAUGCUGGUGAAUAAGACACUAGAUAUAAAGCGAAAGGUAGAAGACAGUCAAAUAGUAUUAGCCGAGGGGAAAACGGUUCCCCUUGGCAAUAUUAAGUAUGGUAUGAUUCAAUACAAUUCCCUUGGAAACCUUGAAAAAAGUGACACAGUAAAAGAGCAGUUAACUAAAGACAGUGUCAAGAUUACCUCCAGCUUCACACCUUUUGGGGAAAUUCCGUCUGAACAUUCGAGCUUGGAUGUAAAGUUUGAAGCUAAGGACAAAGAGUUGGAAAUUUCUGAUGUUGAAUGCAAGGCUGAAAGAGAGGUAUGUUCAGUGCCAGGGUCUAGUAGUGCAGUUAUUCAUUGUACAAAGACUGUUGAGAUGAUGUCCACUGUUCUAAAUCAUGAUGAAAGAGCACAUCAUUACAACGCCUCCCCAAAAAUAGCAUCAGUUGUAGACUCAUCACAUUUGGAAUCUCGUAGUGAUGAUCCACCAAAAUUAUCAGAGACUUUUGUGAACGUUGGACUUAAAUUUGACCCAUCCUUUAUCUCCAGCCCUACUUCUCAUGCUCCCACACAGGAAGGUUACAAACAGCAUGAAGAAACAGCAUGUUCUAAUGCCUCUGUUAAUACCGUGAAAGACAGACACUGGAACAAAGAGGUUCAGAAGCAAAUGCAAGGAGAAGAAGUUAAAUUGACUGCUUCAGAGUUGGUGAAAAAACGCGCUAGAGGUGGUAGAAAUGUUUAUUGUUCAAGAGGGAGCAGGCAGACUUGCAUUUCCCUCCAAGAAAAAAAUUGGAAACCUGGAAACAGUCCCAUUCGGGAGGAUACUAGUGAAUUGUUUGACAAGAUUCCAUCUUAUUACACUGCUUUAGUUAUUCCCACGAAGUCUGGCAGGAAAGAACUGACUGCAGAGGGACUGGUAGGUAAUGGCCUUUCUGUUUCUGACCUCAUCCCAGCAGAUCAUUCCCCUUCCCACAAUGACACUUCAGAAUACAGCAAACUACCAGCCUACCAUAGCUGCUUCACCAACAGCACAAAGUACGAUGGUGACAUGACAACAGACGAACAAUGUCCAAGAAUUGGAGCAAGGUCAAGAUCAUGUUCACCAGACCGUUCUCCAGCUGGAUCAAAAAAUAGGAAACGAGCCCGCAAAAGGGAUGGAUCUAGCUCAUCUUCUUCAUCAAGAUCCCAGUCACUUUCUCGCUCAUGUAAACGUAAAAGGCACCGUUCAUCUUCAUCUGCAUCUUCCAGCUGGUCAUCUAGAUCUAGGUCUCGCUCAUCAUCUGCAUCGUCAUCCCGGUCAGGGUCACCAUCAUCAUACUCAUCAAGGUCAGAUAUUCAGAAAAAUAAAAUGGCCAGAAAGCUGCAGAGACAGAGAGAGAAAAUAAAGAAAAUGGAAGAGCGCAAGAUUGUGUACGUUGGCAAAAUUCCGGAUGGCUAUACACGUAGAGAACUAAGGAGGCGGUUUGAACGGUUUGGAAAGAUAGAAGAAGUUAGUGUCCACUUCCGUGAAGGGAGAGACAACUAUGGCUUUGUGACUUUCUACUACUCCUGUGAUGCCUAUGGUGCCAUAGAUAAGGGAAACAGUGAUCCCAGUGAACAGCAUUUUGAUCUGUGCUUUGGUGGCCGGCGACACUUUUGUGCCAAUGAUUAUGCUGAUCUUGAUGGAAAUCAUGUCUUGGAGGAAGAGUAUACUCCCAUGCUGUCCAAGGAGCCAGUUGGUUUUGAUGAACUGCUAAAGCAAGCUAAGCAGAAGUUGAAGAACAAAUGAUGAUGUUAGAGGAUACCACCUUUUCUUCCCUUUCCCCCACCAAUUUCAAACUCACUUUCUCACCCUUAGUGUUUACAUUUUCACAGUAUUAAAAGAAUAGAUUAUCAUCAUAGUGUAUGCACACAUCCUUUCAUAAAUUAAGGUUAAACUUCUUGAACAAAUAAGCAGAUAAAUAUUAACCAGCACAUGCUUGGUGCUGCUGCUAUUGGUACUUAACAAUGAGUUCAUGCUGAUCAAUAUGCCUAAAAAAGCUGCUUUAAAAGAGAUCAGAUUUCAAAAGUUGUAGGUUAAUUAUUUGCUGAUUGUAUAGAAUUAGGUCAUAGAUUUGUGUGUGUGUAUGAAUGCAGUAUUUGAGUCAUUUUUAAAAAAAUAAUGCAGGGUAAUAAAAGUGUAGUGGUUUCUUUUUUUCAAAGUGCUUUGUUGAGGAACAGCUUACACAUAUUCUAUUGCUAAUAUUAGUAAGAUUUUUAUGUAAGUAUUUAUUUGCUGACCAUUUCAUAAAAUCAGUUAUAGAGUAAAAGUUGAUGUUCUUUGUUUGGUUGUCCAUUGGCUACUAUUGCUCUCUUUUUUUUACACACUAUGCAGACUUUGCUUACUGUCUGCACUUUUUUUUUUGCUUCUAAUAUGUUUAUAAGCUACAAAGGUUGCUGAGCAUUUCCAUUUUUCAUUAAAUUUAGUGUUCACAUUGGUUAAGAGAACCCUUUUUGUAACAGUGUGUACAGUAUGGAAUUUCACAGUGAAACAGUAUUUUUAUUAUAAAAGAAGUAGACAUAAUGGAGGCAGGGUGCUUGUGGAGGGGCUAAAGUGACAGUUGCUUGAAGAGCUGGCAUUAACUGGCUGCUGUAUAUUGUCAGCAGAUCUGCAUGCUGGAGGCAUUUAAUAUCCAUGGAAAUUAACAAUCAAGUCACAGUUGGUGUACAUGUAUCCUCACCCUGUCAGAGGGAUUUUUGUUUUGUUUUUAGGGUUUUUUUUUUUCAUUACGGCAUGAAAAGUUAGAAUAUACAAUUUUACAUUGCCCUCUUGCAACACUUGUGAAAAUACUAGCACAUUGUGAUGCAUUUAACCAUUAGAAAAAGUGUUCACUUGUGAACAGAUGCAUGACUGUUGAGGCACACACUAAGAAAUAUAUGUUUAUCAGUCCACAUGGUGAGACAUUUUUAAGUCUAGCUAUUGUUGUGAAGUAACAUUGCAGAUCUAUAACUGGUUGUGAUGCAAAUUAUAGCUAAAUCAUGAUACAUAACACAAUACAUUAAUACCGUUUAAAAAAUAUCAUGACUCAUUCAUAAAACUUCAGUCUCAUUAGGCUUUGAAUGGAUAACUUUGUGAAGAGUUCCUUAAGUGUUUGUUUUUUUAAUUGGGCGGUCCAUUUGAGUCUGAACAUUGUUCAGGCAGUCAAAUGUUCAUUCUUAAUUAAAAGCUGAUCAGUUGCAGACUGGUUUUGUGUUGCUCAGUGAUUUUGGUAAUGUUCUUUAAAUUACUCAAACCUUAAGCUCAGUCUUAAAAGGUGGCAUCUACCACAAGCCUGAAUACUGUCAUCUUAGUACUAGCAUUUUUUUUUUUCUUAUUUUAGUGUUAGCAAAAAGCAUCAGUGUCCUAUAUUUUCAUCAAAAAUAAUUGUGGGGCUCUCCAGAAACUGGUGGACCAGUAUUUAUUACUCUUUUAUGUUAUCUAUAUGCUAGUCUAAGUGUGUUAAUUUUGUGUUCAUGAUAAUUUUAGCCUAUAUUUUUAUUAUAUUGCAUACUAAACAGGCAUGCUGUUACCUUUCUGCACUUUGGUGAUAAACCACUGGAAGUUCUAGUACUCCUGCUACUGUUUAGUAAAAUUUCAAUUUUCUCUUUCAACAAGAGAGCUAAGUCAGCCAUAUGGAGGAUCGACUAGUAGGUCGCCAUAUCUCAUUUAUUUCUAGCCUGUUUACGUCCAGUGUUCAUACAGGGUUCUAAGCACCUUGUUACAAAACAAAAAGACCUGAAUUGAUGCUGAUCACUGAUCUUCUGAUCUUCCUGAAUCAGGUUCAGACUGGAGUGGAUUGCUCAGUUUAGACACAUCUUUAAGCCUGAUUCCAACUGUGAUAAGAAGGUUUAUACACAAACCAUACUUUUAUUAGGGUUUAUAGCAUCACUUUUUUCCCUCAUCACCUUGCAUGUAGUGCUCCUUACAGAAAUGUUUCUGCAUUAUCUGCUGAUGUUAUUUGUUUUGUUUUUUAAAAAAUCCUCUUGCUGUGGUGACUUGUCACAACUAUUACAAUCUGCUGUUUCACAACACGUGGGUGAAUCACAGUUGAUGUUUGCUCGGUUUUCAAUUAACAACAUGUAAAAAAUGUUUUAUAAUUUCAAGUUUGUUUCAGUUUAAUAAUUGGGUUAUUACUAAAGAAUUCAGAGUGAAGCACCAAUUUUGCAACCGAUCUGAAAUCAGUUUUCACCAGGUUUGUUCUUGGGUAUUUUGUAUGAAAAUAAAGUGUUUGAAAUUGAA